AUGGAGAAGAUACUGAUCUCAUUGUUGGUGUUCGCACUCGCUGUCACCUAUCCGAAUGUUGUUCACUGUGACAAGGGUGACGCUGCCGCUGUUGCUGCCGGCGCCGCCGCACCCAGUGGUGGAGCUGACGCGGCUAAACCUGCCGCCGCAGCUCCCGCUCCUGCUGCUGCUCCAGCAGCCCCUGCUGGUAAGAAGGACGCCUCUCCAAAGAAGGCUGCAGCCCCCACUGCCGCCACCGCCGCCAAACCACGAAGUGCACCAGUGAAGAAGCCAUCAGCUGGAAGUAAAUCACCGUCGAAGCCAUAUCGUGAGUCCAUACACUACUCUACGUAA